AUUGCUGCUCCAAGGCGUUGCCCAAACCGCUACACCAUGGGUGUCGCCUACAUCCCAGUGCCCAGCAAGGGUGUCACCCAGCGCCUAGCGCCAUUCCCUAGCGCCACCUCUUGUGCACAAGCGUCGCCUUGCCUCGACUGCCUGCUAGUGUCGCUACCUAUGGGCGUCACCCUACCUCAACUUCCUAGUGUCACCUCUGUCGACAAGGGCGUCGCCUAG